AUCCAUUUGAAUAAUCACCGAAAAGAAUAGAGAAAUAAUAUUAAAUAUUUCUCUCUCUCUCUCUCUCUGCAACUCGCUCUGUGAAAUUCGCAGUGGAUAGAAGAAGAAAGAGGAAGAAGAAGAAGAAGAAGAAGAAGUGGAAGAAGAUAUGCAGGAGCAGACGACGAGCUCCAUGGCGGCGAGCUCGCUGCCUUCCAGCAGCGAGCGAUCUUCGAGCUCGGCUCUUCAAAUCGAAGUCAAAGAAGGCAUGGAGAGCGAUGAGGAGAUCAGGAGAGUGCCGGAGAUGGGAGGGGAGCAGCCGGCCGGGACGUCGGCGGCGGGCCGCGAGGCCGGGUCGGCGGCCGGCGCGGACCGGGCUCAGCCCGCGGGUCAAAGUCAAAGGAAGAGGGGGAGGAGCCCGGCCGACAAGGAGAACAAGAGGCUAAAGAGGUUGCUGAGGAACAGAGUGUCGGCGCAGCAGGCGAGGGAGAGGAAGAAGGCGUACCUGAGCGACCUGGAGGUGAGAGUGAAGGAGCUGGAGACGAAGAACUCGGAGCUGGAGGAGAAGCUGUCCACGUUGCAGAACGAGAAUCAGAUGCUCAGACACAUACUGAAGAACACCACGGCGGGGAGGAGAGGAGGAAGCAGCGGCUCCAACGCGGACGGGUCCUUGUGAAAGAAAUUACCCCCAAUCGGAAGCUACAGCCAUUACAACUGGCCCAUACAGAGGAUGAGGAUGAAGAUCUGCGCUCCUUUCCGGUUCCCUUUGUUCUUUUUUUUGGGCCCAUUUUUAGAUUGGACAACCUUGCCAUCAUUUUAGGGGGGUAGGAGUGUGGCGAAGUCCGGUCUGCGAUGCUCCCUGGUCUUUCGAAGAUUCACGGAAGGGUAGAGUAAGAGCAUGUGCUUUGUUUUCACUUUCCAGUGGGAAAGGCAUGAUGAUGGCCUUAGGUCGAAAGCUUGGUCGAUGUGAAAAUAGCAGAAUCCUAAAUUAUCAUGUGGGAUUGUGGUCGUACAAGGAGUGUUGCUACGAAUUCAUAGAUCCGACACUAACCGUUCGCACAACA